AUGUCUGAAGCCCUUUGCAGAAGGCACAAGGCGAGCUUCUACAAUGGGUUCCUGUGGCUUGCCAACAACCAGUCAAGCCCCGACUGCUUUUGUGCAGAUGCAAAUGACCCUGAUGCAAAGGAAACUUCCAUUGCUGCAUCGCUGUCGUCGCACUUGGCCGUUUCCAUGUCUGACCUGUCUACAAUAUGUAAUAUCAGAGCUGUGUCAGAGCUGAAGUGA